AUCAUCAGUUUUAUCGAAACAGUUCCAAACAAUCAACAUGAAAGCCUAUAUUUGCUUAAUCGUCGCACUGGCUCUGGCCGCACCAGCUUUCGGUAAGGUCUUAGACCGUUGCUCCUUGGCUCGUGAGAUGUCUCGUUUGGGUGUGCCUAGGGAUCAAUUGGCACGUUGGGCUUGUAUUGCCGAACACGAGAGUUCCUACCGCACUGAUGUCGUCGGCCCAACUAACUACAAUGGCUCCAACGAUUACGGUCUUUUCCAGAUCAAUGACUACUACUGGUGCCAGCCUGCCAGCGGACGCUUCUCGUACAAUCAGUGUCACAUCGGCUGCAAUGGAUUGUUGACCGACAACAUCGAACCCAUAGUACGUUGUGCCCAAGAGGUCUUACGCAUGCAAGGUUGGUCUGCCUGGUCCACCUGGCAUUUCUGCGAUGGCGCUUUGCCAAGCAUUGAUGACUGCUUUUUAUCCAAACAGUACCAAAUAAACAACAUGAAAGCUUUCGCCUUCUUGCUCUUCGCUGUGGCUUUGGCCGCACCAGCCUUCGCUGAGGUCCUGGACCGUUGCUCCUUAGCUCGUGAGAUGUCUCGCUUGGGUGUACCCAGGGAUCAACUAGCUCGUUGGGCUUGUAUUGCCGAACACGAGAGCUCCUACCGCACUGAUGUCGUCGGCCCAACCAACUACAAUGGCUCCAACGAUUACGGUCUCUUCCAGAUUAACGACUACUACUGGUGCCAACCUGCGGACGGUCGCUUCUCCUAUAACCAGUGCCACAUCGGCUGUGAUGGAUUAUUGACUAACGACAUCGAACCCAUAGUACGUUGUGCCCAAGAGGUCUUACGCAUGCAAGGUUGGUCAGCCUGGUCCACCUGGCAUUACUGCGACGGCUAUGUACCAAGCAUUGAUGACUUGCUUAAUACGUUGACGGUUAAUGGUGUUUUGCGGACUUCUUUAGAAACAAUACACCACACCAUGAAAACUCUCGCCUUCUUGCUCUUCGCUGUGACUUUGGCCGCACCAGCUUUCGCUGAGGUCUUGGAUCGUUGCUCUUUGGCUCGUGAGAUGUCUCGCUUGGGUGUACCCAGGGAUCAACUAGCUCGUUGGGCUUGUAUUGCCGAACAUGAGAGCUCCUUCCGCACUGACGUUGUCGGUCCAACCAACUACAAUGGCUCCAACGAUUACGGUCUCUUCCAGAUUAACGACUACUACUGGUGCCAACCUGCGGACGGUCGCUUCUCCUACAACCAGUGUCACAUCGGCUGCGAUGGAUUAUUGACCAACGACAUCGAACCCAUAGUACGUUGUGCUCAAGAAAUUUUACGUAUGCAAGGUUGGUCCGCCUGGUCCACCUGGCACUACUGCGACGGCUAUGUUCCAAGCAUUGAUGACUGCUUCUAA